AUGUUUUUAAUUGCAGAGAAAUGGAACCAAAAACAAUUUUCAUGUAAACGCUGUAAGAAGAAUUUCAAAACUAAACAAAAUUUGCAAAAUCAUGAAAGAAUCCAUACAGGAGAGAAGCCUUUUAAUUGUGACGAGUGUAAACAGAAGUUUUCACAAAAGUCGCACUUAAUUUUACACUUUCGUGUCCACACUGGAGAAAAGCCUUACAGUUGUGACGAAUGUAAACAGAAGUUUACACAAAAGUCAAACUUAAUUCAACACCUGCGGGUCCACACUGGAGAGAAGCCUUACAGUUGUGACGAGUGUAAACAGAAGUUUACACAAAGAUCAAGCUUAAUUAGACACCUUCGGGUCCACACAGAAGAAAAGCCUUACAGUUGUGACCAAUGUAAACAGAAAUUUGCACGAAAAUCAAGCUUAGUUUCACACCUUCGUGUCCACACUGGAGAAAAGCCUUACAGUUGUGAAGAGUGUAAACAGAAGUUUUCACAAAAGUCAAACUUAAUUCAACACCUGCGGGUCCACACUGGAGAAAAGCCUUACAGUUGUGACGAGUGUAAACAGAAAUUUACACAAAAGUCAAGCUUAAUAUUACACCUUAGAACACACACUGGAGAAAAGCCUUACAGUUGUGACGAGUGUAAACAGAAAUUUACACAAAAAUCAAGCUUAAUUUUACACCUUCGGGUCCACACUGGAGAAAAGCCUUACAGUUGUAAAGAGUGUAAACAGAAGUUUUCACAAAAGUCAAACUUAAUUCAACACCUUCGGGUCCAUACUGGAGAGAAGCCUUACAGUUGUGACGAGUGUAAACAGAAGUUUUCACGAAAGUCACACUUAAUUACACACCUUCGGAUCCACAACAGACGAUAGCCAUAUGAAUACUAAUUAUGUCCAGCGAAAUUCAUUCGAAGCCAAGAUUUAAAAAUAAAUAGAAAUAUUCACACAUGGAAAUUUUGAAGGAAUGUUAUUUUUAAUUUUUAUUGAUGUAGAAUUAUCGAAAGUUGUAAGCAA